AGUGAUGUGAAAUACAUUUAGAUAGCUGCGUCAACUUAUUUCAUUACAAAUUUAACGUGCAAACAGAGGGAAAUCUGAAUUGUCGACAUGGAAUCCUUUAGUGUGCCGGAGGUGGACAUGAUGACCGUGUCAAAGAACUCGCAAUACGAGCGGGAGUCGCUCCUAAAGUUCGCCCCGCCAGUUGGGCUGACCAACAUCAGCUACGGCAGCAUGUACAAGGUGGACUCUUUCUAUUUGGAGUGCCAAAAGUAUCGGGAUCAAUUCCGCGAUCCCUACAAUAAGCUAUUGCGCCCCAAGCUGUUCAGCACAUACAGGGGCAAGUGUGGCGUUAAGAUAAACCCCGAACUGGAGCGUUUGAAGCGACCUGCUGCCUCCCAUGUGGAGUCCAUUCCAGUGGUGUAUCCCAUAGAGUACGGCCGGCAAAUGGACUUCGACAGAGGCUUCCAGAUGGAGGGACGCAACAGCAGGGACUCGCCCACCUCCCGUAGGUAUCCGUGUGUGCGUGUGUUGGGCAGGUAAAGGGAUUCCAUGCACACACUAAAAACCAAAUUCCCCGUUUCCAUUGGGUUCACUUCCAAAUUGAACCAUCCCUGGCGUUUGCGGAGUUCUUCUUUCUGGGAUUAGUCAUGUUGGCCAUUUGAAGACGGCUUGAAAAGCUCACUGACAAAGGGACGGGCGGUAGGUGAUGUCACUGUUUGCUGGCUAAAACUCUGGGAACCCGAGUUCUGGACAAAGAUGCCCGGAUUUAGUAGACCCCACUUCAACUUACGUUAUCUAUGACGACGGGCUGGUUGACGACGACAUCAUAAGGCUCCAUUUUGUGCGUUUAUCAAAAUUUGCAAAUUUUCUAUUAAAUAGUUGGUCAACGGGGUGACCGUAGGUGGCUUGCAGAAAUAAACA